AUGUCCCUCCCCUCCAGCUACUCCGCCAUCCUCUCCGACCUGAACCGCGAAGUCCUCCGCGCGCAACCCUCCGACCCCCUCCAAUUCUGCGCAAACUGGUUCGCCUCGCGCCUCGAACAAGAGCGCAUCUCUGCGCGCGCGACGGGCACGGGGCAGCGAUCGGUCGAUGAGAGUAUGAGGGAGGCGACGCCCCCUCUCAACGCUGCGGGACGCGGGACGCAGGAAUCGCCUGCUUCCAAGGCCGGCGGGCCGUCCAACAAGCCCAAGCCUUCGGGUCUCCCGUUCAACCAGGGCUACGCGUUCGGUACGGCCGGCAACAACAACAACAACAACGGACCUCGCGGCUCGGCUUCGGCAGGCGAACAGUCGCCCUUCUCCGAGUACCCUCCCGAAGGCGGACCCCUCGUUCGUGGAGGCGCAGGGAACGCCCCUCCCGCUGGCUCUCGCCUCUCGCAGCAGUCGAACGCGCCUCGAAACGCGGGCAAGGCUCCUGGCUCGACUACCCCUCCCGACGCCGACUCGUCCCCGUCCAACACGCAGCGCUUCAGCCGCGGCGGCGCACCUCCCGUCGGCGCUGCACUCCCUCAGCAGCAGCAGCAGUCGCAGCACCAGCGCUCGGCGAGCACGGCGCACACGGAGAGCGACGAAGAGGUCGAGGACCCGCGCGAUGACCCCAACUAUCACCCUGGUCGUGCGCCGGGUGGACCGUUCGGCUCGUUCGGUCAGGGUGCGGGCGCUGGGAACGGACCGUCUAGCGUGGGAAAUGGCGCGGGCUCGAGUAUCCCCGUCACGUACAACCUCGGCCGCCGCACGUCCGUCUCUGCCGAGUCGCUCGACCCGAACGCGGCGACCCAGUCGCUGCCGAAGACGGUCAUUCCCAAGACUCCCUCGCAGCGCCAGCGCAUCGAGAAGGCCAUUGCCAACAACCUCUUGUUCCGCAACCUCGACGAAGACCAGUACAAUGACGUCCUCAACGCCAUGAAGGAAGUGACGGUCCAAGCCGGCACCGAAGUCAUCGUCCAGGGCGCCGUCGGCGACUUUUUCUACGUCGUCGAGGAAGGAUCGUUCGAAGUCUGGGUUCGCGCGCCUCCGACGCACUCGUACGCCGGUCCGGGCCAGUCGCUCGUCACCCAGCAAGGCGAGGAGAAGAAAGUCGCGACGUACGGACCGGGCGGGUCGUUCGGCGAACUCGCGCUCAUGUACAACGCUCCGCGCGCCGCGACCGUCGUCGCCACUUCUCGCGCGACGAUGUGGGCUUUGGACCGCGUCACGUUCCGCUCGAUCUUGGUCGAGCACACCUCGCGCAAGCGCAAGAUGUACGAGGCAUUCUUGGGUGAAGUCUCGAUCCUCCAGGAGUUGAACGCCAAGGAGCGCGCCAAGAUUGCCGACGCCCUCGAGGAGAAGGUCUACGAUGAGGGCGAGGCGGUCGUCGUCGAGGGCGAGGUCGGCAAGAACUUUUACAUCAUCGAGAGCGGGAAGGCCGAGGUCACCAAGCGCAAGCGCAAUGCGCAUGGCGGUGUCGACGAGGACGUCAUCGGUGUUCUCGGAAAGGGCGACUACUUUGGCGAACUCGCACUCAUCAACUCCGCCCCUCGCGCCGCCACCGUCCGCGCCAAGCCGGGCGAAGGCCGCCUUCGCGUCGCCACUCUCGGCGAGAAAGCCUUCACGCGCCUCCUCGGCCCGAUCAUCGACAUCCUCGCCCGCAAGGCCGAGAGGUCGUACGGACCUGGUGCGGCUGUCAACGCGACGGGCGCGGGUGGGGUGGGACAGGACAAGAGGGAGAGCUUUGGGCAGGGAUUUGAGGGGUCGAGGAGGGGGAUCUCGGUUGGCGGUGGAGACGCCUGA